GCAGCUUCUGUUCUUGGAAAGCAGUUGUCAACACUGGCCAGAGUUACUUCCCGCGUGUCGCGAGAACAAACAUCUAGAUUUCACGUGGCCAGUUUAGCUGAAUAUAAAUGUAUUAUUAUAACAAUUGUCCGAAAUUGUUGUAACAAACACGCCAAAUCACGGGGGAAAGGGCAAAAAUACCCAUGUGUAGAUUACUUUCUUCUGGUACACGGAACCAGAUAGCUAGCGUUGUUGCUAGCUAGCUAACUGCUGUUCUAGCUAACCAACCAGCUCUGCUCCAGCUGAAAAGUUGAGGGUGAAGCUUGUGGUUGCCUAGACACGGCACUCAAAUCCCCAUUCUGCAAAAAAAUAUAUACAGCUAGCGUUUUCUUGCUAGCAUGCUUGCUAAGCGGUCUUGGAUGUUCGUUUGUGAAGGUUUAGCGCAUUUUUGUUUAUAUGGAACACAUCGGAAUCCUUACAGCCUGGAAAUCUGUACGCUUCACAAGCAGUCCAUAGCUUGCUGAAUUUGUAGUUACAGAUAUCUAGAUAGCAAGUUGAUGUUAUUAGCUAGUGUUAGCUGUCUAGCCAGAACUUGCAAAAGUCAAUCUUCAGUCUUCUUGUUGUGAUUUCAUAUCAGGGGAACGUCGAAUCUUCAGCAUCAUCACUGUGUUGUAGUCUCGGGUUCUCCUCCUCCGUCAGAUGGCGUUCUGCCUGGCUGAGCUUCACUGUUGGUCCUCCAGGAGCUCACUGCAAGUCAAAGAUACAGAUAUUGGCACCUAUCAGUACUAUGACAAAGGAGAGCCAGCCAUCCCAUCAGAGCACCACUACUACAGUGACAAACAGUAUUUCUCUGAAUCUCGCGGCUACUCGUGGACCCCCAGGAACCGUCGUCCGGAGAAGCUCCGUGAUUCGCUUGAGAAGCUUGAGGAGCUGUUGCAGACCAACUCAGUUGCUCACUCCAGAUGGAAGAGCAAGCAUUGCUGUCAGCUCAUGCUGAGCAGUGGGGUGCUGGUGACCCUGACCCUAAACGGACCCCAGCUGGACCGUGUGUGUGUGGACCGGACUCUCGUGGGUCGUCUGCCUGCCGACACUGUCAGUGAUGCCGUGCUCAGUGAUAGGCUGCUGCUGCUGUCGUUCCUGGAGAAGAGUCAGGUGUGUGUUGUCUAUCUGAACAGGAAGAACCAGGGAUCACCUGACACCAGCCACCGACUGGAGAAACUCUCUCCAUCAGAAUUCAAGGUGGUGUGUGUGGAGGUGCGUGGCUCCGCGGGGCGCAGGCAGGGCAGACGUGUGGGUCUGAACUGUCUCCAGGACGUAGCAGUGUGUUGGUGGUCCCUGGCUAACACUAAUGAAGAACUGUGGCCCUGGACCCCUAGCCAUACACACACUGAGAGGGACAACCUAGUGCUACUGAGCUGCUCCAGUACCGAGGGCCUCAAGGUGCUCAGCUCCAUGCGUACCGAGGGUGACCCGUUGGACCUCCGCUUCAGUCUCAUGCAGCCCUACCAGCUUCUGUCCGUGGAGCUGCCUGAAGGACCCCAACAAGGAUCCCACACCACCACCACCGGGACGUCCUGGGCAGACGCCUGCGUGUACGAGUGUGCCCGUGGCCGCCUCCAUCGUCUCUCGGCAACCCGUAUCCCCCUCUCCUCGCGCCCCGUCUCCUGCUCCCGCCACCCCUCCUCGACCACCCUGCUACUGGGCCUCAGCGACUCCUCUCUGGUCCUCUACGAUGAGAGGAGAGGGGUGUCGCUGCUCGCCCCCUGCCCCAUACCACCCGUCCUGAUGGCCUGGCACCCUGCAGGGGGGGUGGUGGUGGUGGGGGGAGGCCAAGGGGAGCUGAUGACCCUGGAUGUGGCCUUGGCUCCCCUAGGGUUGACCCUGGUGGGAGAGGACCCAGCCCCAGCCACCACCACUCUGAGGCUGACCCAGCAUCUGCGCUGUCCUGGGGGGCUGGAGGGGCUGCAGUGGGCUGGGGGGACGGGGCUGGAUGGAGGGGUAGAGGGAGUGGAUACACUGAUGCUGGCUUUCCACGGAGGACCACUGGCCGCACUGAGAUUCAGACUGGGUGCUCUGUCAGGGGGUCAGCUGGGUCCGGGAGAGCUGUUGCAGCAGAGAUUACGCUGUGGCCAGGUGGACCAGGCUCUAGGAAUUCUGGGAGUCAUGGAGUGGAGCACCAUGGGAACUGAGUGUUACCGGGCACUGACCUCUGUCACAGACUACCUGCUGAGGCUAGAGCUGAACCAGACCAGAGAGGCCCAGUUGGAGGCAGCUCUGGGUGUGUUCUACGCUCCGCCCCUCCCCCUCUCUGACUCGGUGGUUCUAGAAUACAGAGGGCCAAUCAGCAAGUACGCCCGACGCUUCUUCCACCACCUACUCAGACACCAGCGCUUUGAGAAGGCUUUCCUGCUGGCGGUUGACAUUGGAGCUAGAGACCUGUUUAUGGAUCUCCAUUAUGUGGCGGGUGAUAAGGGAGAGGUGGUUCUGGCAGAAGUGGCCCAGAGGAAGGCUAAUGAAAUCGAUGCUGAAGAAGGCAUAACGGCCACGUUGGGAAGCCGCGCAGAGCAGGAAGGACCAACAGGAGCUGGCCGCUGGAGGAGAGCCGUGACCCUGAGCCCUGAUCAGGCGUGGCAAUGGAGACAAACAGAAAUGAACCUGGUUGACAGAGAUGUUAGAGUGAACGAAGAGGCAGGGAAGCUGAAAGUAAGUCUCCUCCCAGGCCCAGCCACCCUCCCGUCUCGCUCCUCAGACCGACCUAUCAACACGUGAAGAUGCUGAGGUCUGGCGACGCUAGACAGCCAAUGAAAGACAAGGGAGGAUGAGAACUGUCCCAGCAUGCACGUUAUGCUAUCGGUCCAUCUCGGGGAAGGCCCAGCGGAUCUCUCUCUCUCACUCACACAAUAUCUCAGUCUUGUCGGAUCUCACACACACGAACACACUCACUGAUACAAAUCACAUCCACGUAUGCAAAAAAAAAAGGUCCAGUUCAUUUCCUGGACAAGUUAGUCUGUAAAAACGUCAACAGGUAUUUGAGCCUAUCCAGGGGAUAUGCUUGAAAUGGCGCCCUAUGCCCUAUACAGUGUAUUACUACUGUGUAUGGACCCUGGUUAAAAGUUAGGCAUAGGAUGCCAUUUGGAACGCAACAAGGCUCACUAAGGCAGAAAGUAGCUAGGCCAUAGGGUCAGCAGUUCACACUGAGGGAUAUGGUGCCAUCGGUCCCCUGUCGACCAGGCGAUCGAGGAGGGUGGAGGGAGCCAGAGGAAGACAUCUCCAACCCACAUGGAACCUGUUCUUGACUCAAUACAGCGAUAUGAUGUCAUCCCCACAAACACUGUCUGAGGCUGUUGAUCCCAAUCACUAAUAUAAAUGGUGUGACGGGGUGGGAUUUUAUGACUGACAGUGGAUUGACUUUGUUGCCCUCAGAGACACAGUAUAGCUUUAUAUAUACGACUCUGGUUGUCCUUUACGGACUAUCAUAAAGUUUGUGUUAAGUCUAAAGGAGUGAUCUUAAAGAUGUCAUACAGUGUACACCUUAUAGGGCCCAUAGAUGUUAUUAAAGUCCCUGGUGCUAACAUGCAUAAUGAGUCCUGAUCGUGUUCACAUUUUCAGACGGGUGUAGACAAUUAGAGAACUGAUUGUGAUCAGAUCUUCCAAGUAUAAACUGACAAGAUCAUUACGAAGGACACAUGUUAGUGGCAGGUAUAAACGCGACUAGAGAGGAUAGAGGAAUGCGGCUAAGAGCUAGAUUCAAUCUGUAAUGCGGAAGAUCCGUGCCAUAGUGCUAUUGACAUUUAAAGGCAAUAUUCCCACG